AUGCGCAAUCUAAAGAACGUGCGCCUCGCCGAAGUCGAGCUACGAUCCAAGCUCCCUUUGACUGCCACAGCGUGGGACACUGCUUCAGACUCUAUCAUUUGCACAUUUGGGCCAGAGCAAGAUAAUCAGGUUAUCGAACUGAGGAGGAAGCGACACGAUGUAGUUUAUACAUCUCCCGCCAGCCAGGAAGACUUUGAGACGAUCGCAUCAUGGGACGCACCAAGUCCUCUGCCUGACUUGCCUUGUGAUCGAGUCUUGUCUUUGCAGUACUUUGCAGACAACCUGACCGCAAUCCUUGUUCUUGAAGGGGGCGACAUCAUUAUUGUUCGAGAGGACCCUCAACCUGGAGAAGACAAGAUUGAGAUUCUUGGUUCGGUCGAUGUUGGCAUUUCGGCUGCAGCCUGGUCUCCUGAUGAAGAGCUUUUGGCCAUUACGACUAGAGCAAACACGCUGCUCUACAUGACCCGCGAAUUUGAAAAUGUCGCAGAAAUCACUUUCUCUCCAGAUGACCUCAAGCUCUCAAGGCAUGUCUCUGUCGGUUGGGGUAAGAAAGAGACCCAGUUUCAAGGCAAAAGAGCCAAAGCCUUGAGGGAUCCCACAAUGCCUGAAAAGGUUGAUGAAGGCAAGUUCAGUGACUUUGAUGAUUCUCGUACCACCAUCAGCUGGCGAGGGGAUGGCGCGUUCAUUGCCGUGAAUAGCGUGGGAAAUGGUGUUCGACGCGUAAUCAGAGUAUACUCUCGAGAGGGGACUCUUGAUAGUGUUAGCGAACCAGUGGAUGGCUUGGAAGGAGCCUUAAGCUGGAGACCAUCCGGUAAUUUGAUUGCCGGCAUUCAGCGCCUUGAUGACCGUAUCGAUGUGGUUUUCUUUGAGCGCAACGGCUUGCGGCACGGUCAAUUCACGCUGAGACUAUCAGAAAAAGAACGACAAACCUGGGCAUCAGAUAUUUAUCUCAACUGGAACAUCGACUCCACCGUGUUGGCUGUACAUUUCAAAGAUCGUGUUCAGCUCUGGACUAUGGGCAACUACCACUACUAUCUUAAACAAGAAAUUGCGCUUGUCGGCGAAGGAAAGAAGUCUGUUCGUUGGCACCAUGAAAAAGCUUUGCGGCUCAUCGCAGCUUCUUCCAACCUCGUGAUAGAUUGUGAAUGGGUUUCUGAUGUAGCUCAUGGCUCAACCACGAGUCCAGAUGAUUACGGAGCAGUUGGUGUUGUUGACGGAAGAAUACUAAAAUUAACGCCCUUAAGACUUUCUGGCGUUCCCCCGCCCAUGGCUCAUUGUGAAAUCAACGUCGACUCUAAUAUCGUGGAUGUUGCAUUCAGUCAUUCAGGUGCUAGAAUUGCGGUACUUACGACAGAUAGUUUUUCUAUCUUUUCCUGGCCGAUGAAAACUCGCCCAAUCCCUUUGCCGUUAUUGGAGUCCAGCCAUCCUCUUCCUCAAACACCCAGCUCUCGGCCAAGACAGAUCGCCUUCCUCCACGAUAGCGAGGUCUUUAUCCUCAUUCACGACGGUCCAGAUCGUCGAGUUGAAAGAAUACGACUAGAUACUCGUGAAAGCUCUGUGGCAUAUGUGAUUAGCGCAGAGGAGCAGAUUCAAAGCAUUUUCCCGAACAUUCGGCACGACAAGCUAUGGAUCUCGAAGCUUUCGCUUAAAUCAAAGGGCACAGCCUAUUUACAAGGCGUGCUGUCCGCAGAAGAGUUGGAAAUAUCCGCUUUCGACACAGCCCCUACACUCGAGGCUCAAUGGGCGGCUAGCACCUACAUAUCUGACGAUCAGGACAUUCUUGUCUCAAUGACAAGAACAGGAGCUUUGUAUGCCAAUCGACGACUGUUAGCGAAGAACUGUACUUCUUUUAUUCUUACACCAGCUCACAUUAUUUUCACCACUACACAACAUCUCCUAAAGUUUGUUCAUAUCACAAAUGUGGAAGACAUGGAAGUMCCUGCCGAUACACCCGAGACCGACGAGCGAUGCAGGAGCAUUGAACGUGGUGGACGCAUAGUAACAGUGACUCCUUCAAACUUUGCCGUAACAUUGCAGAUGCCACGAGGAAAUUUGGAGACAAUUUACCCUCGUGCAUUAGUUCUGGCGGGAAUCAGAAGUUUCAUUAAUGCAAAGGAGUACCGCUCGGCAUAUCUUGCAUGUCGAAGCCAGAUGGUGGAUAUGAACAUCCUCCACGACUAUGCUCCUCAGCAGUUUAUGGAGAAUGUUCCUCUCUUCAUUGCGCAGGUUAAGAGAGUUGACUACAUUGAUGAGUUCCUGUCGCGCCUAAAAGAAGAAGAUGUGUCUCAGACUCUUUACAAGGAUACACUAACAGUUUCGAAAGCUGAAGCGGACGCUGCAGUAAAGACCGGAGUCAGCCCUGCAGCCAGUCUAGCUUUGAAAGCAUCAAAGGACAGCAAGAUCAACCGCAUUUGUGAUGCAUUCUUGGUGGCUCUUAAGAACAAAAUGGACACAAACCUGCAAAAUGUGGUCACUGCUCAUGUGUGCAAGUUUCCUCCAGAUCUUGAUGCGGGCCUACAACUAGUGGCAGAUCUCAGAGUGCGGAGUCCAACACAAGCCGAAGAAGCCAUUGAGCACAUGUGCUUUUUGACCGACGCACUUCAUCUUUACAAGAACGCUCUCGGACUGUACGACCUUGAGCUCACACUUCUCGUUGCCCAGCAAGCUCAAAUGGAUCCGCGAGAAUAUCUUCCCUUCCUCCGAAAACUUCAGACUCUCCCCGAACUUCGUCGAAAAUACGAAAUCGACAAUUAUCUAGCUCGAUCGGCGAAAGCUUUGAAACAUCUCCAUGCUCUCGAGGCAUUCGAUGAAGUAAAACAAUACGCCGUCAAACACAGCCUUUACCGAGAGACGCUUGAGCUAUACAAGUAUCAGGCAGAGCAGUUGAGUGAGAUGACCCGUUUGUAUGCCGAUUACUUGUAUGAACAAAGUAAUUAUCAAGAAGCCGCCAUUGCUUACGAAUCCCUUGGUAUCUAUGACGAGGCAUACAAAUCCUACCAGAUUGCCCACCGUUGGCGCGAAUCUCUUUAUUGCGCUCUAAUGGUUCCUCUAUCACAAACCGAGCUAGAGAACCACGCCAGUAGCCUGGUCACAACCCUAUUAGAAGAGGAUAAGGACUAUCUCUCCGCCGCUCAAAUCCAAGCAGACCACCUCAAAAACUAUCCCGCCGCAGCAACACUCUUCUGCCGCGCCUCGCGAUUCGCGGACGCAACACGCAUUCUAGCAAUCAACGGCCUUCAAGACCGUAUCCCAGAACUCGUUGACAGUGGCCUCGCAGAAGCUAUGGGCUCAACGACCGACUUUUUGGCCGACUGCAAAGCUCAACUGAACGCCCAGGUACCCCGGAUCGGCGAAUUGCGCGAAAAGCGCCUAACAGACCCUUUGGCCUUCUUCGGCGGAGACCCAUCUCUCGACGCUGCUGCCGGCGGAGUCGAUAUACCCGAUAAUGUCUCCCUUGCCCCCACUGACGCGUCAACAGCCGCCGGUCGAACGAUGUUUACCCGCUAUACGGGCGGAACAAACAUGACACGCCGAACAUCAAAGACCCGACGCCGCGAAGAACGGAAACGUGCAGCUGGCCGCAAGGGAACGGUCUAUGAGGAAGAAUAUCUCGUGAACAGUGUUCGACGUUUGAUUGAGCGUGUCAACAGCACUUUUGAUGAAACCACCGCGUUGAUUGAGGGGCUCUUGCGGCGGGGCAUGAGGGAACGUGCUGUUGCGGUUGAGAAGGCUCUUCAGGAGGUGUUGGGGUUGUGUUCGUCUGCUCUUGGGGAGGUUUUUGACUCGCCGACAGAAGAGCAGCAGAAGCAACCUGAAGAUGCUGAACAGGUAGCGGAGCAGACAGGUUCGGCUGUUGGUGGUGAUAGUGUUUUCUUGGAGAGCAUAUAUGCCGGGGAGAAGCGUGCUGCGCCGGUUAUGAAGGAGUUUAAGAAGUUAGCUCUUUUGGGCUGA